AUGAGUGGAAACAUGGAGAAAAAGGAUGAAGGUCUUGAUUUAAAGACACUUUUUGUGCGUGGGGUACCGUUCGAGGCUACUGAUGAAGAGUUUGGUAACUUCUUCUCACAGUUCUCUCCAAUAAAGCAUGCUGUUAUUGUGAAGGAUAGUGAGGGUGCUAGCAGAGGGUUUGGGUUUGUUAGUUUUGCUGUAGAAGAUGACACAAAGGAAGCAUUAUCUCAGGCUAGGAAGACGAAGUUUCUAGGUCGUUUGUUGAGGGUAGAUAUUGCCAAGAGAAGAGAUCGUAAUCGUAAGGGCGACGCCAAAGAGGCUUCAAACGAAUCAGAAGAUACUAAAAGUGAGGCAGAAAAGAAGAUCGAGAGUGAUAACGAUUUGAUGAAGGGUAAACCUAAGUUGAUUAUCAGAAAUAUGCCAUGGUCUUGUCGUGAUCCAACUAAGCUAAAGAAAAUAUUUGGUCAGUACGGUACCGUUGUUGAAGCCAGCAUUCCAAGGAAGAGAGACGGUAGACUAUGUGGGUUUGCCUUUGUUACUAUGAACAGAAUCUCUAAUUGUAAGCUUGCAAUCGAAAAUACUAAAGAUUUGACUAUCGAUGGUAGAAAAGUGGCAGUUGAUUUUGCUAUUCAAAAAAGCAGAUGGGAAGAGUACAAGACUGAACACAAGGAGUUAGAAGCCCCUCAAGAAAAUACUGAAUCUGAUUCCGAAUCUGAAUCCGGCUCCGAAGAUGCCGCAGAAGAGGAGCAAGAUGAUGAUUCUGAAGAAGAUGAUGUCGAACUUCAAUCGGAUGAACAACUUAGUGAAGACGAGGAAGAAGAAGAUGAAGAAGAAGAGCAGGAAGAAGAGAAACCCCAGAAGAAAAACAGAAAGGAAGAUUUCUCCAUUUUCGUUCGUAAUGUGCCAUAUGAUGCCACACAAGAAUCUUUGGCAGAUCAUUUCAACGUAUUCGGUCCUGUUAAAUAUGCUUUACCCGUUAUUGACAAAGAAACUGGUCUAGCAAAGGGUACCGCUUUUGUUGCUUUCAAAACAGAACAAGCUUAUGAAAACUGUUUAAGUAAUGCACCAGCCACAGGCAGCACUUCCCUUUUAAUAAGUGACGAUGUCAGUCCCGAAUACGUUUACCAAGGCCGUGUUCUUGCUAUUUCCCCAACAUUAGAUAGAGAAUCUGCUGGUAGAAUGUUUGAAAGAAAUGCGGAAAAGAGGAAAGAGGUCUUAGGUAAAGCACCGGGUGAGAAGGAUAGACGUAAUCUAUACUUGUUAAACGAAGGUAGAAUCGUGGAAGGCUCGAAACUAGCUCAGUUAUUAACACCUGCCGAUAUGGAAGUCAGGGAAAAAUCUUACAAAUUGAGAGUUGAACAAUUGAAGAAGAACCCAAGUUUGCAUCUUUCCAUGACAAGAUUAGCUAUUAGAAACAUCCCAAGAGCUAUGACAGAAAAGAGUCUUAAAGCAUUAGCACGUAAAGCUGUCGUUGAAUUUGCUAAAGAAGUAAAGGAAGGGAAGAGACAUGCUCUUAAUAAGGAAGAAAUUGUGAGAUCUACUAAAGAGAAGUAUAAAUUUAUGUCAGAAGAAGAAAUAGAAGCUGUGAAGAAGAAGGAUAAAAAACAUGGUAUCGUAAGGCAGUCAAAGAUCAUCAUGGAAGUCAAGGGCUCCACGGUUGGUAGAAGUAGAGGUUAUGGUUUCGUUGAAUUUAGAGAUCACAAGACCGCAUUAAUGUGCUUAAGAUGGCUUAACGCUCAUGAAGUUACAAAAGAAGAGAUUAUCGAAGGCCUUACAGAAGAAGAGCAAAAACUUCUAGAUCCAGAUAGUUUCAAGAAAAGAAGAUUAGUUGUCGAAUUUGCCAUUGAAAAUGCAAACGUUGUGAAAAGAAGAAGGGAAAAGGUUCAAGAAUCUAGAAUUCAAUCUCUAAAGAGGAAACGUGCUGAAGAAUCUAGUGCAGAAAAGGCAAAGGAAGCACAAGCAAAUGCACCAGAGGUGCCAACAAAGUCAGGACUAAGUAAUGAUAUUAAAACCAUCAUUGGUGCCAAGCGUAGAAGAAAAAACAAGGGACGUUCUUGA